UGUUGUUUUUCUCCUGGAUCGGAUCAGUCUGGUCCCCACUGCACUGUUGCUUCUGCUGUGGCGGACAUAUCCUGCAAUGGAUUAGAGAUUUUUUUUUUUUUACGGUUUGUAUUAUAUAUUUAUAAAUAAUUUCUUUAUUUUGCGUUUUGCUGUGAGUUUCGAACAAAAAAAGCAGGAGGAAUUUGCUGAUCUGGACUUGAAAAGAAAAGCGGAGGGAAAAUGGCAAGUCCUCCGGCGACGGGAGGACACCUGUUAUCUAAUGGGACGAAUGGGGUGAAGAAGUACGGAUACCUGAGGAAGCAGAAGCACGGACACAGGCGAUUUUUUGUGCUCCGGGAGCCGAUCGAGCGCUGCCCGGCCCGCCUGGAGUAUUAUGAGAGCGAGAAGAAAUGGAGAAACAAGUCCGCCGCGAAACGGGUUAUAACUUUGGACUCCUGUCUGUGCGUAAACAAACGCGCCGACGCCAAACACAAGCACCUCAUCGCCCUCUACACCAAGGACGAAUACUUCGCCGUAGCUGCAGACAACGAGCAGGAGCAGGAGAGCUGGUACAGGGUUUUGACUGAUUUAAUAGCUGAGGGGAAAGUGUAUGACAGUCCUGCUUCCACCUCCUCUCUAGUUGGCUUUGAAGAGGCCAGUUACGGACUUCUCACUCCAGCAACACCUACCUACAAGGAAGUAUGGCAGGUCAACUUGAAAUCCAAAGGUUUGGGUCAGGUGAAGAACCUCACUGGAGUGUACAGGCUGUGUUUGUCCAGCAGGACCAUCAGCUUUGUGAAACUGAACUCUGAAACAGCUGCUGUCAGUUUACAGCUCAUGAAUAUCAGGAGAUGUGGCCACUCCGACAGCUUCUUUUUCAUAGAGGUUGGCCGCUCUGCGGUCACGGGGCCCGGGGAGUUCUGGAUGCAGGCGGAGGACUCGGUGGUGGCGCAGAACAUCCACGAAACCAUCCUGGAUGCCAUGAAGGCCAUGAAGGAGCUAUCUGAAUUCAGGCCGAGGAGCAAAAGCCAGUCUGCUAGCACCAACCCCAUCUCUGUGCCCACGCGGCGCAACCUCAACAACCUCCCCCCAAGUCAGACGGGCCUGGUGAGGAGAUCCAGAACCGACAGCAUGGCAGCCACAUCCCCAGGGAGGAAGGUCACGCCCUGUCGGAUAAGAACGUCCAGCGAGGGAGACGGAAGUGUGACCCGGCCUGUGUCAAUGUCCAUAUCUGUGAACGGGAGUCCCACCAGUCCAAACUCUGGGAUUCCCCUGAACAGGUCCCACACCCUCAGCAAUGGGCGCACCUGCAGGAUGCUGGAGUCCACAUACAACCUCCAUCACAGCCGAUCGAUGCCGGCGUCCAACUCCCCUCCUGCUGUCUCCAGCCCCAUUAGCAUGUCUCCACGAGGGGGGGCCAGGAUCUCUACUCCCGACAAAGCUAGGCGCCCCUUCAGCUGCAGUGCCUCCAUCUCGGGCUCUCUCAGCGACACUGGCUUCAUGCUGUGUGAUGAUUACAGUUCCAGCCCAGGUGAACUCCGGUUCCUCCCCCUUACUCGCAGUGACACCCCCGAUUCCCUGUCCAGCACUCCUCCGUCCCGUGACACUAGUGACCCCUGUGGCUAUAUGAUAAUGGAGGGAGUAAAUGGGAGCAGGUGCAACAGGGGUGAGGGUCUGGCUUACAGGAAACGAACACACUCCCUCACCACACCGCGUCAACAGAGGGUGGUGGCGCCGUUGUCCUCAGCCUCUCUGGAUGAGUACACGCUUAUGAGGAUGACCCAUGGACAGAACUCCCACUCUGCCUCACCCAAAGUGUGCUACCCGGAGGAUUACGGUGAUAUUGAAAUUGGUUCAUCCAGGAGCUCCAGCAGCAACCUUGGUGACGAUGGCUAUAUGCCCAUGACACCAGGUAUAGCACCUCAGUCUGGCAAGGCAGACAACUACGUGCCUAUGAGCCCCAUGUGCGUCUCAGCACCGAAGCAGAUUGUGAACCCUAGGGUGCAUCCUCAGGCGGCUGCCAGUGGCAGCUACAAGACCAACUCCCCUUCCUCCAGUUCCCUAGAAGACACCGGAUACAUGAGAAUGUGGUGUGGCUCUAAAUCCUCCAUCGAAAGCCCAGAUAGACACAGUGAAUACAUGAACAUGUCCCCUGGAAACCCACCUCCACUCCAGACUCCACCAGAUUACUGCUUGGGCCUGCUGGCUGCUGAACCCACAUCAGUUAGAUCAGCAUAUCAGACCGGCUCCCUCACACUACCUGCUAAACUGCAGGCCUCCAAGAAUGAAGAUAACAGCCAGUAUGUGCUGAUGAGUCCCCAGAGUUUGAGGCAGAGACCUGGGGAGUCUGACUAUUAUUCAGUGAUGCAGCCCAGUGCAGCUCACUCCUCACCACUGUGCCCCUCAGCACCCUCCCCAAUCAGACACAGCCGGGCUGAGAACCUCUCCUACAGGGGGAGGCUGGGCAGGCCUAACAGGCUGUCUCUGGACACCCUCAGAACCCUGCCCAGCAUGAAUGAACAUCCCCUCCCAGGGGAGCCUAGGAGCCCUGGGGAGUACAUUAACAUCGACUUCAGUGGUGCCAGAUUCUCUCCGCCCUCUGUCAUAUCCACAGAGAGCCAGUCAUCAUCACUGGGCUCCAGCGGUGGGGGUCCUGGGAGGUCAUCUCUAGCAGACUACAUAAACCUGGAGCUGGGAUCACACUCGCCCAAGGAGGCUGACACUCCUGCUGAGCGCUUGGACACACUCCCAGAGCUAACCUUGUGCCCCUGCUCGGAGGAGGAUGGCGUAUACCAUGUGGAUAGUGAGAAAGACUCCCAGGGCCUCAGUGAUGAGGUGAAAAAUGAUUACACUGAGAUGACAUUUGGGAUGACCAGUUUGCCCCCAAAGCUCGUACCUCUGAAUGCAGCAAGUAGUCAGGGCAGCAGAGAGAAGAUGCUCUCCAUGGAAGACCAGGGUAUUCCAGAGCACAUCGGGGUCUUCCUGCUCGGUCCAACCUCCUCCUCCACAGUGGACCCUGACUGCUCUGCCAAGGUAAUCAGGGCAAAUCCACAGGGACGCCGGCGCCACAGCUCUGAAACGUUCUCCUCUACUGCCACUGUGACCCCGGUCUUCACAUCCUUUGCUCGUGGCGACGCUGUGAAGAGGCACAGCUCAGUGGAAAACAUCUCAUCACGGAGCAGCGAGGGUUCCGACGAGGAGUACGGCAGCCCUGAGAACCGGCAGAGCUCAGCGGGUUACCCCAAUGGACUCAACUAUAUUGCCUUGAACCUAGAGAAGUGUGAGGACCUGGUUGGCUUCAAACCCACCAGCAGCUGCAAAGGGGGCAUCAAUGGAUUGCACAGCUCACCAUAUGUCUGCCUGGGAUUCAAGGAGGCCGCAACCACUGCCAAAGACUGAAGGACUUGAUCUGUCCUCUGACUUGGAAUCUUGACUGACCUGCUGCUCAAAAGGACGAGAGAAAAAAAACAAACAGAAAAAAACAACAAAAAAACACCCCAAACUUUGCCCUUUUACGGGGCUCUACAGCCCGAAAAGACUGUGUGGACCCUCAGCAUCACAAACACACACUUGGGACACAAGCAGAUCAUCAUCUAUGCAUGUCAUGGAUUUGCUGAUGGCAGGACAGGUGUGUUUGUGUAGAUGGGUGUGUUAAUGUGUUGUGAAUCGGUGUGUCUCCUGCACUUUUAGAGGCCAUUUCUCCUGUGACCCAGUUUUUGGCACAAGCACAGAAGCAAAGAUAGUCAGACAAUAACACAAGUUUAACGGUACCCAAAUACUAUUUAUUUACUUGAGGGUAGUUUUAUGACUGCCUGCAUGUGUGUGUGCGUGUUUCUGAGAAAAAGUACGACCAACAGUUAUGCCAGUGAACAAUGAAAUCUAGAAAUGGCCAAGGGAGAGAGGAUACUAAGGUACACUGAGUAUACUUAGAUUAGAUACUUUAUUUAUUUUUGGAUGAUGAAUGUCUGAAAAGACCUACACAAUGCCUUAAUGUCUAUACUGUCCUUAUGUUUUCUAUGAAAUAAUUGAUAAAUAUUCUAUUAUUGUAUGUUUGUUUGGACCUACAUCUCUAUAUUGUUAUUCUCUUGUGGAAAGUAAAAUGCCUAGUUUACCAUUAAAUCUAUAUAUUAUUUCAGAAAUGUACAGUACUGUGGGGCUGCUUGAGAGUUGAUUUAUUGUAUUGAUAUUAAAGUAUUUUCUUAAUUAAUAAUUUCUUAUUAAUUGUAACUUAGUUUAUUUUUUGUCCAAUCAGAAGUGCUGGACUAAAAGGAAUAUAUUUCUAAAUCUCUUCAAGAGUUAUGCAUGUCUAUAUAACUCAGCUCAGACCCCCACAACACCAGGCAUCUGAAUGCACUGUACCUCCCACAGCUCCUCAGUCACUUGAGCCUGAAAACCUCACACACUCCUACCUUCAAACCCACGGCCUGCUGUUUAGCUCGAUGCAGGUCGCCCUGCUGUGAUAUCGUUUGACUGUACAAUUGUCUAGGCGAGGUGAUAACGGAGGGGUGGAGCCGGCGAUAGCUGUUGAGGUUGGGGAGCGCAGUUGAGCCGAUAUCUGGUCGGCGAGCGAGAGCUGAAGAAAAGGGGAAUGGGGCACCGAGGGGGAGGAGGGCUGGGCAGCAAAUAAAAUGUAGCACGAGAGAGGCCCACAGCCACAUGUGACACCCCCACGGAGGCUCACGGAAGAGUCAGCUGUCUGGAAAAUAUGAUUACAUGGCAGACAGUAUAACAAAAUUGGAGCUAGCUGAAGAAAAUUAUGUAAGGUUACGAGUUAAAGCAAGCCGUUGUAAUUGAAUUAUUAUUUAAUAAUUAUUUCGUGACAGGAUAAUGCAUUAGCCCAAGCAAAGAAGAGUAGAAGUCAGCAAUAGUAAUAAAUAUAAUGAUAACUAAAUGGAAAAGAUCUAUCACAAAAAUGCGUCUAUUUAACCUUUGCUACCAUUAGCAAGCAGUUAGCCUGUGGCUAACUGUGAUCCCCAUUACCAACUUUUUAUUCCAGACCAAAUUAUGUCUGAACUCCUAAGAGAACAAUUUGUAUUUGUUGUAUUUUUUUCUGUUUCUGAACAUGCUAACAUACUGUGUAAAGCUAAUAAGUCUAAAGAAAUUUCAGAAGUAAGCAAACUGGCUAAUGUUAUCAAAAGCUAGGUAAUGCUAGGACUCUUAGCAAAUGUUGCUAAUGUUAACUCAUAGACACAAAACCUUUAACUUUACUGUUUGCAAUAUUGACAGUUUCAUUUGCUAGAGGAAAAUGUGUUAUUUCCUCUUUAGAAAAACUGGCUUGUUUUAAUUUGAUGAAUCCAGUUGGGGGAAAAUUAUUUAAAAAAAACAAACAAAUCUGAAUCAAGACUCUUUCUGUGAACCUCCAAAAUGGCCGCUAGGGUAUUUGUUUUCAAGGUAAAUUUAAAGCACUCUAUCGGUACCCUAACUGUGGUCUUUGUGCUGUCUGCUGUGGCAACUCCAACUGGCUCUCUACCCCUUUAGUGUACAGUAGAUUGUAAAAUUUUAUGUCUGAAUGUAUCGUUGAGCUGGUGGAAACACCUCAGAAACAAUGUGCAAAUGGUUUUGACAAGAGUUAAAUAAUAUUGGAGCUUUACCACACUAAGUCGUGGUAUCUAUUUAUCUUCAUAAUCUUGAAUGUGUAUAUUAUGUAUAUAGAGUUUAACUAAAGAAAAAAAUCUAUUGGAUAUACAUAGAGUACUUAGAUUUAAAAUACGUUGCAAUGAUAUUCCUGUGUAAAGACUUUGGCUACAGAUUUUUAAAGAGGGGGUGGGGGCGCUUUGGGGAAAUACAGUUUAUUUUAUUCUUUUCUCCCUCACAGUGUCUAUAUGAAAAAAAAAAUUCUCUUUGUCUAUUUUACUAUAGAAAUCUCUUUGCCUUGUUGACACACUUUACCUAAUGGCAUAUGCAAUAGUGAUAUGAAUAAAAUCUAGUUUACAACUGUGGAACCAAAUGUAAUAUUGCAUUGAUUUCUUUUUCUUUCUUGUGAUGGGCAGGAGCUGUUUAGCUCCUUGUACAUUUCUCUUUCUGCCAAGUGUUUUUGUUUUUCCAUGGCUGGGAACUUUGUUCGCGACAUGUCUAAAUGCGCUUUCCCCAUUUCUGUGUCCAUAGACAGAUUUUUCUUCAUCCGCUCAUCUUUGAUUGACUCAGUUUGAAUGUGUUGUCUUCCAGUGUACAUAAUUCAACAUACUGUUUAUUGUGAUGAACACAAGAGAUGAUUAUAAUGAUUUAUAAAUUUUGGUAGUCGAGUAUUGCUUUUGUCUGUAUUAAUUAUGAAUAGCAAACCUAAAGAAAUAAAUGAAUUUAUUUAAA